AUGCCUCGGGUUCGAAGCUCAUCGUCAUCUCAGCCGAGCUCCUUGCGGAGGCUUAAAGUCGUAAAGGAGGGUACCCAGAACAUCCACAUCAUUCUCGUACCGGGCGUAGGGACCCUUGCUUGUGAUUCCUGGUCCCUCUGUAAUCAGCCUUGGACCGAUGUCUUCGCACAACUGGACACUGGGGUCACCAUUCACUCUUACGAUUAUGAUGCGUCUCUGAACGACCACUUCUCCUGGCAGCAUCUCCUAGAUGAGGGAGCCGAGUUUCUUAAAAAGCUUCAAACUUUACAAGGAAGCGUACAAUAUGCUUAUAUCGAAAAGGCACUCUGUGUCGCUGGCACGCCUAACGACCAGUACUCCGACCUCUUGAACACCGUGGCUGGCGUUGUGUUCCUUGGUACUCCGCACCGCCUCGAAGGAGGAGUGAACGACGAGGAACUUAGUGAUCGAUUCACCCGCAUAUUAAAGCUCGAUAUCAACAAUGGCACGGUCGUUGACGAGCCUUUAUGUUCGAUUAGGACGUCUACAGAAGAUAGACUCGGCGUGCCGCUUGACCACCUUCAACUUCCGUCUAUGCGUGAGGAACAUGGGGCUUCAAUAUUGCAGAUACGGCGCUGGUUGGAGUCAGUCAUUCAACUCCACGGCGGAGCUCGCGAUGUGGAGAGUUUGAGGGUGGAAACGACGAGCAAUAACUUAUUGCUGAACCAGCCCCAUCAAUCUGUCAUGCAACAGGCUGCUAAAGCCAAAGUCUCCAGUCGGCCAGAGCCUAGCACGCCCUCUUACGUUAAAACUGAAUCAAGCCCAGAACAUAAAUCUCUCGUGGCUCUCCUGGAGAACUUCUCUGUGGAACAACGUGACCCCCAAAUACCUUGUUUCAUGAUGGACACAUAUGUGAGGAACAAGGACUUCUACGGAAGACAAGAUGUUCUAAGCAAACUUGAUGACUGCCUUCUCCCUUCAAAUGACCCGCUGCCAUCUUCGCAGCCCGAUCAAAUACGUGUGGGAAUAUUAUGCGGCAUGCCUGGUCUAGGGAAGACAGAAAUCGCCAUCGAAUACGCGUUUACUCGCGAAAACGACUUCGAUGCUGUUUUCUGGAUCCGAGCCGAUGAUGUGUCCAAACUUGAAUCGGACCUUGCCCAGAUCGCUAUCAAAUUAGAAAUCCAGGACCCCAAAGAGCCAGAUGACAAGGUCACCAAUAAAGGGCUCGCAAUUGAGUGGCUUUGCAACCCGUCUAAGACAGACCGUGGUACCGGGAACCAAGUGCGAGCUUCCUGGCUGGUUGUGUUCGACAAUGCCGACGAACCUGACAUCCUGGCGCCAUAUAGUGACAUCGCUAAUAGCGGAGCAGUCUUGAUCACGAGCCGCAGCCCCUCUCGAGGACAAGCUUCUCGCAACAUGCAACGGAUCCAGGGCCGGCUUGAAGAAGCAAGACAGGUCGGUGACCGACUUGGUGGGCUGCCACUUGCGCUCGCCCAGAUGGCUGGCAUAAUUAGGCUCGACUUUUUAACCUAUACUGAGUUUAUGAGACUUUACGAUGCUGGAGAAAUCCACGAGAUGGAGGUUUACCCGCCCCGGGAGCCGGCUCGUGGCAACGUGUCAACAGUCUUGGAGAAGCUGUCGAAUGCUGCACGAGCAAUUUUGGAAGUUUCAUCGUUUUUGGACCCAGACAGUAUUCAGGAGAAGAUCCUGAUGGACCACGCUACUAAUGUGGAUAUGCCCUCGUAUCCUAAGAAACAGGGUGCCUUUUACAAUGCUCGGAAGCAACUGAUCGGGUCUUCCAUUUUUCGUCAUAAUCAGGACACGGCUGAGUAUUGGAUGCAUCGCGUUACGCGAGACGUUGUGCGUGUCCAAAUCGAACCUGAGCGACAACGAAGGGUAUUUUUAAACGCGGUCACCAUGGUCGCAGCUGCCUGGCCGGUUGGAGAAGUUGAGGGCCAUGAUGUCAAGCUAUGGGAGGCAUCCAAAGCACUCUAUCCGCAUGUCAUCAGCCUGGAGGACGCGUAUAAGAAACACUUCAAGCAUGAAGAAUAUGUUGACGGCGACUUUGAAUUUGCUGGACUUCUCAAUCGCGCGGGAUGGUACCAACACGAACGCGGCGAAUCGCCUAUCAUAAAGCCUUUAUUGGAGCUGGCCCUAGACCUCUGCAAUCGCACCACAGACAUCGAUCACCAAGACUUAGAAUCCGACAUCCGGCACACACUUGGUGCAGUCGCCAGCGGGACAAACGACGCAGCCAGCAGCAUGGAACAUAAUAAAAAAGUCCUCGAGAUACGCUUGACUAUCGCAGAGGAACUGGGAGCAGUGGACGAGAAACUCGCCAGCGCUUAUAACCAGAUGGGUAUUUCAUGGAUGAUGGCUGGCGAAUACACGAAGGGGGAAGAAUGUUUUGCGACGUCUGCACGGGAGUACGAGAAAAUCUCGGACUAUACCAAAGACAAGCGUUCGCUGGCCCUUGUCAAUCUUGGCACAACGCAAUGGCUCCAGGGAGACUUGACACGGGCGUCUGAAGUGCUAGAAAUGGGCCUCGCAGAUCGAGAAGAAAUUUAUGGAGUCAUGGACAGCCAUUGUUUCAGGACCGGUCGCUUCCUCCACGCACUUGGAAACGUGCGGUUCUCUCAGGGCCGAAUCAAGGAGAGUGAAGAUUUUCAUCGACGGGCCCUUCAGCAAUACCAGUCAACCAUCCGCAACCGCCAUCAUCGAACUGCAGAUGUCUGCCACAAGAUGGCACAGCAUUGCCUUCGCAACGGGCUUUAUGACGAUGCCAUCGGAUUCAUCGACCAGGCCCUCAAGAAUUGGAGCGUUGACUCAGAAACAUAUGCUCGGGAGACAGCGCGGACUUCAUACCUAAAGGCUAAGGUACUUUCAGAAGCUAGGCAGGAGGAUGAGACAACAAAAUUGUUACAGGAGGCGGCAUCCAUGCGGCACAAGAUCACGGGGGUGGAGAGAGACGGCAAGGACCUACAAGAGGAAGACUUUGACGAACUAGUCACAUUCUGGUCUAGAUAG